AUGAAAUCCCCUGCCGAGAGUCGAGACCCUAAGUUGUAUUGCCAGUUCCACGAAGAUAUAGGGCAUGACACCAAGGACUGCAGAAGCUUGAAGAGAGCCCUGGACGACUUAGCCUCCAAAGGGCACUUAAAGAACUAUCUGCAAAGGAAUACUCACGGCUCAGGGAAGAAUCUGUAUAAAAAGAACAAGUCACAUGUCUCAGCUGCAGAGGGAAAUCACAACGAAGGAGGAUUUGUAGCCGUCAUAUCAGGAGGACCAGCCGCUGGAGGACCCAUAAUGAGGGGACAGAAAUAUUAUGUCUGCCGCCUAGGUCAGGUAAUGUUAUCAGGGAAGUCACCAGUGGACCCAUUCCCUCGGAUAGAGAUAUGUGAUUCGGAUGGAGGAUGCGUAGCCACCCCGCAUGACGACUCCCUCGUGGUCGAGAUCAAAAUCUCCAACAUGAGAGUGAAGCGCAUACUGAUAGAUACAGGAAGUUCAUCUGAUAUAAUGAGCAUGGAAUGCCUCGGCCGCCUAGCUCAUGAUCCUAAAACCAUAGAGAGCAUUCAAUACCCUAUCAUUGGCUUUGGGGGAAGUAUCAUACACCUUGUGGGCGUCAUCAACUUGUUCGGAUUGGAGAACGUAGAGAUGGGUGAAAGAUGGGGGUAG